AUACUUCACGUGAAAAUAUAAAAAGAAUUCGUGAUAUUUUUUUUCUUUAAUGUGUUAAUUUCUCUUAUAAUUUAGGUAAAUUUUGGGGAUGUUUAUGUCAACUUUAUACAAGAAACGACCAGAGCCAACUUCAAAACAAAAAUUAUUGUUUACAGUUGACGAUUCUUUGGUCAAGCUCUUUGAAUAUCUGACUUUAGAAUUCAGCUGCAGGAAGCUUAUAACACCAAAAUGGAAAGAUUUUCGAAGUCAAAAACUUCAAUUUGAUCAAAAGACUCGUUUAAAUAAUGCUAUAUGGAGAGGAUGGCAUAUACAAUACAAAAUGAAGAAAAAAGCACGCUUUUUUCAAUUUGCUGCACCUUUCUCAGAUGAAUCAGUGCAUAGUACAUCACAAGCUGUAAUAUUAGAUGGAAAGUAUUGGAAACGUCGUCUUGAUAGAGUAACCAGAAAAUUCAAAAAAUGGCGAAAGUUUUUAUAUAAAGAAAAACUUCUAAAGAAUUGUACAACAAAAAAAGAAGAUUUGGAAGACUCAGACGAGGAUAUAUUUGAAAUUGAUGACAAAGAAAAAAAAAUAAGUAAUGACAAUUCAAAAGUCAGUGAUGUACUUGAUAUUGAAGAUCCUUCGACAUUAAAUGGUUCAGCAAUGUAUGCUCUUUCGGACACUCUUUUCUCUAGUGUGGGUACAGAUAAACUUAAACCUUUUGAAGAUUCUUUCUUAUCAUUUUAUAAAGAUUCAUCUGUGAUGAUCCAGCCAACUAUUGAUCAUUUGAACCCUUGUUUUGAUGAAUUGAUGGAAAAUUUUGAUUUCCUGUUCUCUGACUGUUCUACCAUACCUCCGGUUGAUAUUAUUCAUUCUGGUGAUAUGCUAAGUUCUAAUGUAUCAUAUGAUGACUCGUCUUCUCAAUCGUUUGGCAAUUCCUACUUUUCGAUACACAACUCAAAAACAUUAGAGACAGACGGAAGAUAUUCUUUAAAUGAACAUUUUAAUAAUACUAAAAAUAAUUUUCCUCAACCUCUGGGCAAUAAAGGUAUGUUGUUAAAAAAUUCAUGCACGCAUGAUUCACUAAAAGGUUCUUUUCAAGACUUGCCUCCUCAACUUCAGGCGCCUAACUUGACUGCUCAUUUACAAUCUGUAAUGUUGUCUAAAACCCCAGUUAAUUUAAAAAUUUCAUCAGAGUCUUCUGUAAUCCAUAGUAAGCGAACAACAUCACAAAUUGAGAAUGUCUCACUUCCCCAAAAAAAGCCACGCAGAAAAAAAAGUUUAAGUGAAUCGAAUGAACCAGUUUCUAUAAUUCCUUCUCAGUCAUCUUAUUUACAAAAACUCUCCACUCAUAUUCAACCUAAAUCAAGUUUUAGUAUAUCUGAUAAUAAUUUGACUAUCAAUAGUAAUACUGGAAAGAAUCAGGAACAAUCUAAUUUUAUCUGUGACUCGAGUUCUUCAUUUCAACAGUCAAACUAUUCUUUACAACCUACUUCUUCUACUUCACAGAAUUGUAAUGUGAAAACUCAAAAUCAAGAGAAUAUUAUUACACCUGUUAUAAAUGAUCAACAGUUGUUAACCCUAGCUACUUUAUUACAAUGCUCUCAACCCACUCAAAGCACAGAAGCAACACUUGCUUAUUUAGAACUUUUACAACAGCAAGUGCAAUUGUUGGUUAAACAGCAGCAAGAGCAGUUACAGAUGAAGUAUCAAAUUCAACAGCACUCUGAAAGAGUUAUUAAACAACAUGAAUAUCAGUUGCAACCUAUUGAGCAAUCAGUGCCUGAUUGUAUGCUGCAACACCAGAGUCAUUCAACAUAUUUGCAACAGAACCCUCAAGUUCUUCAGCAUCGUCAGUCUGUUAUAGGUUCUACUCUUGGAAAUCAGACAAUAAUGAAUGCAUGUCCCUUAAAAGAUCUUUCUUCAGAAGAAGCAAUAGCUACAUAUAAAUUUACAAAAUCAGAAAAUAAAACAGUUUCUCUAAUGGAAAAUAAAAGUUCAACAGUUAAGAUUUCAAGCCAAAAUUCUUUAAAAAAAUCAUUACAUUGCAAACUUGACAUAAAACCAUCAGAAUCAACUCUUUGCAAUGCAGCAGUUUCACAUAAUGAAUCGUGUACUCCAAAGUAUUCUACUGUAUCUUCACCUGAUCAACAUAUGAGUGAUAUGUCAAAAUCACCUUUUAAUAAUGUUGAUUGGAACAGUUAUGAAAAAGAACAGUGGAAACCUCCAACAACAUUGGAUAGUGCUAUUGCAUUAGUAGCAUUAAGGGAUGGAGCACCAUCAAUGAAUUCUUAUUACAAUUUGCAUCAUACAACCACUGUUCAAAGUUCUGAUAUAUCAAGUUCAUUGCGUCAAUACAAUGAAAAGUUACCAAAGAUAAUAGAAGAGGAACAAAAACGUAAGUUGCAUCUCACUGCUGAACAAAAGAGAAGAAGCAUUAUAAAAAAUGCUUUUGAAGAUUUGGCUGCCUUGUUACCAACUUCUAAAGAUACCAAUCAAGCUAAUAAACUUACAAAUGCAUCUAUUCUGCAAAAAACGUGUGACUAUGUUAAUGAAUUGCAACGAAAAAAAAAAGCACAGGAGUUUCGAAUUAACCAAUUGAAGCAAGAGAUAGAACAAUAUAAGAUAUCAAUUGGUGAAUGUCAGAACAAAAUACCAGAACUAAGCUCUUCAGAACUACUCCCUCAGAAAGCUUCAGACAGUGUAGAAAAAGAUUUCGUUGCUUUCUGCAAGGAGCUUAUCUAUGCAAAUCCAAAAUCCUGGAUUUUUUGUCAAAUAAUGCGCCCAUUGUUUAAUUCUUAUAACAGCACCGUCGCAACAAAAACUGUAGAUCAAUUUGUAUCCUCAGUUAUGACGUGGUUCGAGAAAUAUUUUAUGCUUUCAGCUAUUCGUACAAUUGUGUUGAAUACGUUGACAAAACUCAGUACAAGCACCUCAUUACUAGAUGAUCCGAGCUGCUUAAUCGAACUGGUAAACGUUGCUGUCAGAGAAAAUGAUCCGACUUUAAUUCCUUCUAUUUCUACGAAACGAUAAUUUCAGCUUGCACUAAUUCUUUUUUUUUAACCGUUUUUGUUGAAGGUUUUUUUUCUAAGUUUUAUAUUUUUAUAAAAAUAAUUUUAAUAUUUAUAUUGAAAGCGCUUUGUUUUUCUGAGAUUUUUUAAAUUUUUAUUUGUUAUGGUGAUCUAACUGAUAAUUUUUUUAAACUCUAUUUUAAAUGGUAGUGGUAAAAAUGAGUAACUUUUUUAAAAUGUAAUAUUUUGAAAAUACAUUUGAAGAAAUAUAUUCAAAUAAAAAUCUA